GGCCUCGCCGCGUCAUUGAUGGGCAACCAACUGGACCGCAUCACCCACCUUAGCUACAGCGAGCUGCCCACCGGGGACCCGUCGGGGAUCGAGAAGGACGAGCUGCGGGUCGGGGUCGCCUACUUCUUCUCGGACGAGGAGGAGGACCUGGACGAACGAGGCCAGCCCGACAAGUUCGGCGUGAAGGCCUCCCCGGGACGCGCCCCCUGCCCGGAGAGCCCGAGCCGUCGCCGCCACCACCACCUGCUGCACCAGCUGGUCCUCAACGAAACUCAGUUCUCCGCCUUUCGGGGCCAGGAAUGCAUCUUUUCCAAAAUGAGCGGCGGCCCUCAGGGCGCCGACCUGAGCGUCUACGCGGUCACGGCGCUGCCCGCGCUCUGCGAGCCCGGCGACCUGCUGGAGCUGCUGUGCCUGCAGCCCGCGCCAGAGCCGCCCGCGCCCGCCCCGCACUGGGCCGUCUACGUGGGCGGCGGGCAGAUCAUCCACCUGCACCAAGGCGAGAUCCGCCAGGACAGCCUGUACGAGGCGGGCGCGGCCAACGUGGGCCGGGUGGUGAAUAGCUGGUACCGCUACCGCCCGCUGGUGGCCGAGCUGGUGGUGCAGAACGCCUGCGGCCACCUGGGCCUCAAGAGCGAGGAGAUCUGCUGGACGAACUCGGAGAGCUUCGCCGCUUGGUGCCGCUUCGGCAAGCGGGAGUUCAAGGCGGGAGGGGAGGUGCCGGCCGGCACGCAGACCCCGCAGCAGCAGUACUAUCUCAAGGUGUACCUGGGUGAGAACAAGGUGCACACGGCCAGGUUUCACAGCCUGGAAGACCUCAUCCGCGAGAAGCGCCGCAUCGACGCCAGCGGCCGCCUGCGUGUGCUCCAGGAUCUCGCCGACCUUGUGGACAAGGAGUAG